CAAUGGUUCGACUUGAGAAACUCAUCUAUGAACAAUUAGUCAAUAUUCGUGCUUUGAAAAGAGAGAGAAUUAUAGGAUCACCAAGAAAAUGGUAUUCUGAACCACGUACACCAGCAAUGACACUUUCAGCAGUCAAAUUAUUCACAUAAGGAUGGACUGGAUUAAUUUACAAAUUUGUUGAGCCUUUAUUUGCAAGGUAAAGUGAUUUUGAAUACAAAACUUAGAUUCUUAUACAGAUGGAUGAGAAAUAUAGGAUUAGAUAGAGGAUUGGCCAUGGAAGACUUAUUGUUAUUUUAAGAUAGAGAAUUAAGAAGAGAUCCAUUAUUUGAACAUAUUUAAAGAGAAGGAUUCCAUCCAUAUACUUGGAUUAUGUUCAAUAAGAGAAGAGCAAGAUUUUCAAAAGUAGAAAGAGGUGUAAGAGGAUCUACUGCUCCUGAAUGGUUAUAAGCAGAAGCAAGAGAACGUACAUUGGCUGAUAGUGUUGAAAAUAUUUAUGAAUGGGAUAAUUACGUUUAUCAAAAUUAUAUGAGUGACAUGACACCAACAGCAAGAGGAACAAUAUUAUAGAAAUUAUUACCAUUGGAAUGGUUCCUAUUUUUUGGUAUGUUGAGAGUUGAUUCAUGGGAUAGAUAUUUCUAUAAUGAAGUAAUGUAUAAAGGAUUAGAAUAUUCAAAAGAAGAGUUGGCUAACAUUCCUAAACCAUUUAAGGCAUAAUUAUGUAUAAAUUUAUUAUUAAUCAAUUUAAUUAGCAACUGAAGAAGGUAGAAGACAAUUUGAAGUAAAUGUAAAUAGAUUUAUUGAUCUUUAUCCAGGAUCAAUUGUGAAGGAAGGGUAUUAUUAUUAUUAUAUUAAAAUUUUAGUGAUAAAUUUGAUUUCUAAAGAUUUUAUGCUCUUGAAGCAAUUAAUAAUAAUAGAGAUCUCAGCAAAUUUGAUUCUUCAUUAAUUGCUUAAUUGAAAUCAGAACUUACUUAAUAGGUUGCAUUAAAAACAAGCACUAAAGUAAAGAAACAAAGAGCCACUCUCCCAAGUUGGUUAUAGUAAGAUGGAAAGGGAUUCUUAGCAUGAU